CACAGGCUUUUAGGCUUGGCAGGGUGGGCUCCUUGAGAUCUCGUCUCUCAGCGAUGCAGGAUGAGCGAGUCAGAGGCGGAAGCUGAUGAGAAGCCCAAAGCUGAUGCCGAUGCUGCCGACACAGCUGCCGAUAGCGCGGACGAAGCUGUGGAGGCGGCCGAUGCCACCGACACGAGUGCCGCAGAUGCCGCAGACGCAGAUGCAGCAGAUUCGGAUGCCGCCGCCAAUGUCGCAGUUGCGGUCGAGGGCGUCACUGGCAAGGGCGAGGUGACUUCACCAAAGAACAAGGAGAAGAGAGAGAAGCCUCCCGAUGGCCUUAUUUGGGCCAGCCUGCACAACUCCAAAGCCACCGAAAGCAGGCUUAAGCACGUUAAGGUUCUGGUCCCAAAGGACCUCAACGUCACGGAGAUCCGGCGCUUCACCUGUGGCAAGGUGGGUUGUCCAUUCCGAGAGUUCCAGCUCGAAAUCGAUGGCAAGCAAAUGUGGGCAGGACGGGAACAGCCUUUCCUGAAUGUGGAGUGCGAGUGCCGCGUCAAGUGGAGGCGGGUGAACCGCCUGGCGAGGCUCAUGCAGCAGAAGAAGAUCGGCGGCAUCAACGGCCUGUGCCGCCAGAAUGGCCGCACCGUGCUGCACCACAUUGCCCUCAACGGCGAUGUGGAGCUUUUCAGGGAGGUGUUGAACGAUCCCAACGCGGAUGACAACCUCAUCAACGUCCGGGACAAGUUGGGUGAUACAGCACUGACCCUUGCAUCGAUCACAGGCUACAUUGAGAUUGCUUCAGCCUGCCUUGAGCAGGAGGCGGAUGUUGAGGUCCACAACGGCAAGGGCCGGACGGCUUUGCUGCUGGCAGCAGAACAUGGCCAUUCGGAUGUGGUUCAGUCGCUCUUGAUGAUGAAGGCAAAGUUGGAUCCUGGCAAGGGAACCACCUGUCCCAGCGCCAUGUACCUGGCCCAGCUGAACCAAAGAGAUGGCGUGGUGAAAACUAUUCUGCGCUACCUGAAAGACAAUGAGGGUGAUGAUGAGUGGUGAAGCCAAGUCAAUCAGUCCUUGUCGCAAGGCAUGCGUGCCAUGAUCGUGGCGGAUUGUUUGAC